AUGUUUUUCACCCUGUUUUUCUUUCCCUUUUCAUUCGUCUUUCUUUCUCUUUUCUCCUUUUCUUUGUCAUUUGCUUUUUUUCUUUCUUAUUUUCUUUUUUGUUUUACUUUCUCUUUUUUCUUCCACAUUUUCUUUAUUUUUUCAGCCACUUUUCCUUUCUCUUUUCUUUUCCCUUUUUUCUUUUUUCUUCCUCAUUUUCCUCUUCUUUUCUCUUCUUUUCUUCCUCGUUUUCCUCUUCUUUUCUCUUUUUCUUUUUUCUUCCUCAUUUUCCUCUUCUUUUCUUUUUUCUUCCUCAUUUUCCUUUCCUUUUCUCUUUUUCUUUUUUCUUCCUCAUUUUCCUCUUCUUUUCUCUUCUUUUCUUCCUCGUUUUCCUUUCCUUUUCUCUUUUUCUUUUUUCUUCCUCAUUUUCCUCUUCUUUUCUCUUCUUUUCUUCCUCGUUUUCCUUUCCUUUUCUCUUUUUCUUUUUUCUUCCUCAUUUUCCUCUUCUUUUCUCUUCUUUUCUUCCUCGUUUUCCUUUCCUUUUCUCUUUUUCUUCCUCAUUUUCCUCUUCUUUUCUCUUCUUUUCUUCUUCGUUUUCCUCUUCUUUUCUCUUUUUCUUUUUUCUUCCUCAUUUUCCUCUUCUUUUCUUUUUCUUCCUCAUUUUCCUUUCCUUUUCUCUUUUUCUUUUUUCUUCCUCAUUUUCCUCUUCUUUUCUUUUUUCUUCCUCAUUUUCCUUUCCUUUUCUCUUUUCUUUUUUUCCUCAUUUUUCCUCUUCUUUUCUCUUCUUUUCUUCCUCGUUUUCCUUUCCUUUUCUCUUUUUCUUUUUUCUUCCUCAUUUUCCUCUUCUUUUCUCUUCUUUUCUUCCUCGUUUUCCUUUCCUUUUCUCUUUUUCUUUUUUCUUCCUCAUUUUCCUCUUCUUUUCUCUUCUUUUCUUCCUCGUUUUCCUCUUCUUUUCUCUUUUUCUUUUUUCUUCCUCAUUUUCCUCUUCUUUUCUUUUUUCUUCCUCAUUUUCCUUUCCUUUUCUCUUUUUCUUUUUUCUUCCUCAUUUUCCUCUUCUUUUCUUUUUUCUUCCUCAUUUUCCUCUUCUUUUCUCUUCUUUUCUUCCUCGUUUUCCUUUCCUUUUCUUUUUUUUUUUCUUCCUCAUUUUCCUCUUCUUUUCUCUUCUUUUUCUUCCUCGUUUUCUUUCCUUUUCUCUUUUUUUUUUUCUUCCUCAUUUUCUCUUCUUUUCUCUUCUUUUCUUCCUCGUUUUCCUUUCCUUUUUCUUUUUUUUUUCUUCCUCAUUUUCCUCUUUUUUCUCUUCUUUUCUUCCUCGUUUUCCUUUCCUUUUCUUUUUUCUUUUUUCUUCCUCAUUUUCCUCUUUUCUUUUUUUUUCUUCCUCAUUUUCCUUUCCUUUUCUCUUUUUCUUUUUUCUUCCUCAUUUUCCUCUUCUUUUCUUUUUUCUUCCUCAUUUUCCUUUCCUUUUCUCUUUUUCUUUUUUCUUCCUCAUUUUCCUCUUCUUUUCUAUUUUCUUCCUCAUUUUCCUUUUUUUUUUCAUCUAUUUUUUCUUUCCUCUUUCAUCCUCUUUUUCUUUCUUUUUCUUAUCUUAAUAUUGGAUUGAUAUGCUCACUUAAAUAUCUAUCUAUCUAUCUAUCUAUCUAUCUAUCUAUCUAUCUCAGUCUAUUCAUAUCUAUCUAUCUCAGUCUAUUCAUAUCUAUCUAUCUAUCUAUCUAUCUAUCUAUCUAUCUAUCUAUCUAUCUAUCUAUCUAUCUCAGUCUAUUCAUAUCUAUCUAUCUAUCUAUCUAUCUAUCUAUCUAUCUCAGUCUAUUCAUAUCUAAUUCUGUUCAUGUCUGUCUGUCAGCCAGUCUAUCUAUCUAUCUAUCUAUCUAUCUAUCUAUCUAUCUAUCUAUCUAUCUAUCUAUCUCAAUCUAUUCAUAUCUAAUUCUGUUCAUAUCUAUCUAUCUAUCUAUCUAUCUAUCUAUCUAUCUAUCUAUCUAUCUAUCUGGAUCCUUCUUUCUCUUUAUUAAAUGUUGCACCUCUUUUCCAUACCCACUCUCUCUCUCUCUCUUAAUUUCUACUUUUCUUUCUCUUUUUUAUCUUCUCUUUUUUCACUUUCUUUUCCUUCUUCUCUUCCUUCUUCUUUUCUUUCCACGUCUUUCUUUCUCCUUUUCUUAA